AUGGAGCGUUUGGUACAGCACAGACGCCACAGUACAGACGCCACAGUACAGACGCUACAGUACAGACGCUACAGUACAGACGCCACAGUACAGACGCCACAGUACAGAUGCUACAGCUCAGACGCCACAGUACAGACGCCACAGUACAGACGCUACAGUACAGACGCUACAGUACAAACGCCACAGUACAGACGCCACAGUACAGACGCCACAGUACAGAUGCUACAGCUCAGACGCCACAGUACAGACGCCACAGUACAGACGCUACAGUACAGACGCUACAGUACAAACGCCACAGUACAGACGCCACAGUACAGACGCCACAGUACAGACGCCACAGUACAGACGCUACAGCACAGACGCCACAGUACAGACGCCACAGUACAGACGCCACAGUACAGAUGCUACAGCACAGACGCCACAGUACAGACGCCACAGUACAGACGCCACAGUACAGACGCCACAGUACAGAUGCUACAGCUCAGACGCUACAGCUCAGACGCCACAGUACAGACGCCACAGUACAGACGCUACAGUACAGACGCCACAGUACAGACGCUACAGUACAGACGCCACAGUACAGACGGUACAGUACAGACGGUACCGUACAGACGCUACCGUACAGACGCUACAGUACAGACGCUACAGCUCAGACGCCACAGCACAGACGCCACAGCACAGACGCCACAGUACAGACGCCACAGUACAGACGCCACAGCACAGACGCUACAGCUCAGACGCCUCAGUACAGACGCCACAGUACAGACGCUACAGUACAGACGCUUCAUUACAGACGCCACAGUACAGACGCUACAGUACAGACGCUACAGUACAGACGCUACAGUACAGACGCUACAGUACAGACGCUACAGCACAGACGCUACAGUACAGACGCUACCGCACAGACGCUACAGUACAGACGCUACAGUACAGACGCUACAGUACAGACGCUACAGUACAGACGCUACAGUAGAGACGCUACAGUAG